GCUGCGCAGAGCGAAGAAGAAGAGCGCGGCUAAAGCGGAGCAGCAGCGUGUUCACCAGGACUUUACUGCUGCGUACCGAACUACCCCGCUGUUCUAACAAACCCACUCUACCAGCUACACCACAGCCGACUGUUUUAACCCCGCUCCAUCAAAGGACUCGCCAUGGCCACUGAUUCCGGCUACGGGCAGCAGACCGGCUCACAAAGCUACGGAUCAUAUGGAGGCCAGCAAAGUGGUGGACAGGGCUACGGACAAGGAAACAGUGGCAGUGCUUACGGGGCUCAGAGUUACAGUGGUUAUGGCCAACAAGGUGGAACCCCAGAUGGAUAUGGCCAGUCUCAGCAACAGAGCUAUGGUAACUAUGGGCAGGACACUUCUAGUUAUGGCGACAAGGCAUCUUUUGGACAACAAGGAUCCACCACUUAUGGACAAGGUUCAUAUGGUGCCCAGGGGCAAGGAGGAGACAGUUAUGGCCAGCAAGGCUUCGGCGGGCAAAGUGGUGGUGGAGCAGGAGCAGGAGGAGGAGGAGGAUAUGGCGCUAGCCAGGGGCAAAGCGGAGACAGUUAUGGACAGCAAGGCUCCUACGGUGGACAGAGUAGCAGUGGAUAUGGUGGAAGCCAAGGGCAAGCAGGAGGAGGAGGAGGAGGUGGUGGCUAUGGAAGAUGGAGUGAAGGUGAAGAUGGUGGGCAGGGUAGCAGGUUUGGCCGUGACCUUGGAGAUCGUUCAGAGGGCGGAGGUUUCAGAGGCCGUGGCCGGGGUGGCUUUGAACGCGGUAGUUACGAUCGCAGUGGCGGAUAUGAGCGCGGUGGCGGCAGAGGUGGACCUCCUGGUAUGGGAGGUGGUGACCGUGGUGGCUUCAAAAAUUUCGGUGGCUCCCGAGACUACGGCUCAAGGGAUGAACCAGCAGGUGGAGAGCAGGACAACUCUGACAACAACACGAUUUUUGUACAGGGACUUGCGGAAGAUGCCACAGUUCAGGAAGUUGGAGACUUCUUUAAACAAAUUGGCAUCAUAAAGGUCAAUAAGAAGACUGGCCAGCUCAUGAUCAACAUCUACUCAGACAAGGCCACCGGCCGACCAAAGGGAGAGGCCACAGUGUCGUUUGAUGAUCCUCCCUCAGCCAAGGCUGCUAUUGACUGGUUUGAUGGAAAAGAGUUCCAAGGCAAACCCAUCAAAGUAUCAUUCGCUACCCGCAGAGCUGAGUUCACACAGAGAGGUGGUGGGAGAGGAGGAGGAGGAGGACGUGGAGGAGGAGGUGGUGGCUUCAGAGGUCGUGGUGGUGGAGGACCCAACUUUGACAUUAAAGGAGGAGACUGGCCUUGUCCCAACAGCUCUUGUGGCAACAUGAAUUUCGCACGGCGGCAGGAGUGUAACAAGUGUGGAGCACCCAAACCCGGAGAUGGUGGAUUUGGAGGCGGAGAUCGAGGAGGCAGAGGCGGUUAUGGCGGGGACAGAGGCGGCGGCUUCAGGGGACGUGGAGGUUUCCGUGGGGGAGACCGCGGGGGCGACCGUGGAGGCUUCGGAGACCGCGGAGGAUUCGGGGGUGGCUACAAAAUGGGAGGAAGGGGUGACCGCCGAGACGACAGAAGAGGACGGCCAUACUAAGCGCCGGCGCAGACAGACACCAUUCCAGCCCCCGAGCUUGCCACAGGAGGAUUUAGCUUAAAAACAAGAACUGGGGAGUGGGGAUGGAUCAGAUGUACUGAUUUGUCUGCUUUUGUAGCUUGUCCGUCCUUGGUGUAACUUCAUCUGUGACUGAGGGAUAUGUUGAGCUAAUGUGAAAGGGGCUGAGUUGGCAUGUAGUGAGAUUUUUUUUUUUUUUUUUUUUUUUUAAUAUCUCUGUAAAUCUUAUUUUCAUUUGAAUUCUAGAUGCAGAUGUUUUGUGAGGUAGUCUUUGAACUAUUGUUUUGUAUGAAUGAAGUUAAAUGUUUUAUUUGGGUUUUUUUUUUCUUUUCCUUUGUUUUCCAAAUGACAUUAAAACUGUGUUCUUUUC